AUGCAAGUCGGUUUCUUGAUUUCAAUAUUCGCAUGCUUUUUGAUAAUUGAUACUCAUGCAACGAAAGAUCCUAAUACAGCACCGAAUCGUCAUACAGCUGUUCAUUUGUUCGAAUGGAAAUGGAAAGACAUAGCCAAUGAAUGCGAACGAUUUCUUGGACCUUAUGGAUAUGCAGCCAUUCAAGUUUCACCACCUAAUGAACAUUCACUUGUUGAUGGUCGUCCAUGGUGGCAACGUUAUCAACCAGUAAGUUAUAAAUUGCAGUCAAGAAGUGGUUCUGAAACUGAAUUUAUUGAUAUGGUUCAUCGAUGUAAUAAUGCUGGCGUUCGUAUCUACGUUGAUGCUAUAAUUAACCAUAUGGCAGCAGCUGGAAAUAGAGGAUCUGCUGGGUCAUCAUUUAAUUCGGGAUCAAAGGAUUAUUCUAGUGUACCGUAUAGUGCUUGGGAUUUUGCCGAUUCAUUAUGUAAAACUGGCAGUGGAAGUAUUGAAAAUUAUAAUGAUGCUGAUCAGGUUAGAAAUUGUAAAUUGAGUGGUAUGCCUGAUUUAUUACUAUCAAAAGAUUAUGUUGCGAACAAAAUUGCUGAAUAUAUGAAUCGUUUAAUUGAAAUCGGUGUUGCUGGUUUUCGUAUCGAUGCUGCUAAACAUAUGUGGCCAAAUGAUUUAAAUAAAUUGAUUGGAAAAUUAAAUAAUUUACCAUCACAUAUAUUUGGACAAAAUAAACGACCAUUUAUUUAUUUUGAAGUUAUUGAUCUUGGUGGUGAACCAAUUAAAAAUACAGAUUACACGUGGAUAGGUCGUGUAUCUGAAUUUCGUUACGGAAAAUACUUAAGCGAAGUUGUACGAAAGAAAUUCGGACAAAAACUUAAAUAUUUAAAUAAUUUUGGAACUGGUAGGAUUGAUCUAUUACGUUAUCAAACUCUGACAUACUUACGAUAG